GCAAAUUUAAAAUCUGUCUAGUCACUUCACUCACGGUCUUUUACUUCAUAAUUUAUUUGCUAAAACGUAUUAGAGAAAGAAUUCAUAAUUCUUAUAAACAAAUUCAAUAAAAUGGCAGAUUAUUUCGGAGAAAUGGGGUGGACACCUUUGGAAGAUGGACAAGCACCAGACCAUUUUUUACAUUUAGCUCGUCUGUUUAGAGAUUUUAACAUGUUCAAGGAAUUAAAUAACUUGAACGGUCAAAAAUUACCUCCUCCAGCUUCUAAAAACGUGGUGGAAUCGAUCCCAAAUGAAAACAUAACAAACAGUGAUUCGCAGUGUCCUAUAUGUUUAAAAGAACAUAUCAAAGGUGAAACUGCAAAAAAAUUGCCCUGUGGGCAUUUGUAUCACAACAAUUGCAUUAUGCCAUGGCUUUCAAAGACAAAUUCUUGUCCCCUAUGUAGAUAUGAAUUGCCUACUGAUGAUGAGGAUUAUGAAGCUUGGAGAAAAGAAAAGAAACGAGCUAAAGAAAGGGAAACAGAUAUUGAAAAUCUUCAUAAUUCAAUGUUUUCGUAACAAUGUUAAUUAUUUAUCUAAUUCUGUUAUAAUAUCUCUAGGUUCUAUCUAUUAUAUGAAUUUUUCACUAUAUUUAAACAUUUUGGUGGUUAAACGAGAAUUGAUUUGUAAAUUCUAUUUGAAAUAACUAUUUAAAAAGUUUUGUACUGGAAUUAAACGGAAAACCAAUUUGCAGUAUUA